CUCGAAACUCCAAACCGAGAAGGAAUGGCAGCGACAACUCCUCUCCUCCGCCUUCUCUCCCCUCUGCUCGCGACAGCUUUUUUCCUCCUCCCAGGAAUCUCAGCCGUCGAUCCGACUGAUCCAAGCAGCAAUGCCACCGAUUUCAUCCGCUCAAGCUGCAGCACAACAUUAUAUCCUGACGUCUGCUACACCUCGCUCUCCCGCUACGGCAGCGCCGUCCAGCAGGACCCCGGCCAGCUGGCGCGCCUAGCCAUCGCCGUCAGCCUCUCCAACGCCCACCGCACGGCCACCUACCUGUCAAACCUCUCGCGCGAAGCCGAAACCGGCGCCGACCAGGGAGCCGCGGCCGUGCUGCAGGACUGCUUCACCACCUUCGGAGAUGCGGUCGACCAGAUGCGCCGUUCGAUCAACGAGAUGCGGCACAUCAACUCGCAGGAAACGUUCAAAUUCCAGAUGAACAACGUGCAGACGUGGAUGAGUGCCGCUCUGACCAACGAGGACACGUGUACGGAGGAAUUCGACGAUGUACCCGACGGGCCCACGAAAACCGACGUCUGCGAUCGCGUCGGCAACGUCAGGAAGUUCACGAGCAAUGCGCUUGCAUUGGUGAAUACGUACGUUAAUUCGGUAACAAAUGCGACGGGGAGUCCAUGAUUGACGGUUUCUGACCGUUUGAUUUUGUGAAGUAUAUACUAUAUAGGUAGGUUAUAUGCUACAGUUGCUAUGUAAGGCGAAGGCGAAAUCACAAAUAGAAGGAAGGAAUUAAAUUAUGGAUUGACGAGUAAAUUGUAUAUUUUUCUGGGUUGUUAUGUAAUUUUGUAAAGAACGAGCGUGCUUGUUUUCUUUUCUUUAUUCCGGUGACGGAAAUGAACACGGAAAGACGUCAGUUUCUCAAAUUUCAAGCGUGAUUGUGAUGACGUGAGUUGUUGAGUCGACUCGGCCGAGUUGGGAUUUGAGGAUUGCUGCAACACCACCAGUUGCAUUAACGGUAAACCAGUCCAGUGACACAGAGAUGCUUCAUCUGGCCGUUUAAAUGGUGGGUCCAUCCCUCUCUCUGCUCAAUUAGCUUGCCGACCCACCACCAGAAGCUUAACAAGAACAACUGUUUCAUGAUUUUCUUUUUUUAUUAAUAUAUUUCAAUAUUUGGCAUGACUCGCCGAGUUCACACUUCACAACAUAACAGCAAUGUUGAUGAUGGGGCCCAAUCAACAAUCACCAAGAUUUCUUGGUGGGUUGGUCUAAUUGGACGGCCGUGAUAUUAUUUUA